AUGCGGGAGAUAGAGACGGUAGAGGAUUUCGACAACUUGUGCCAGAGUUCAGCAUCCGUAGACAAAAUUUUGGUUGUCGAUUUUUAUGCCGUAUGGUGUCGUCCAUGUUCUCGAGCAAGUCCACUAUACGAGAAACUCAGUUACCGUUAUCAUUAUACUGAUGUAUAUUUUGUCAAAGUAAACGUGGACACUUGCGUCGAACUGACUCAUAGAGAGCUUAUAACCUCCCUCCCGACAUUUAAGCUUUACAAGGACGGUUCCUGUAUUGGUACUUUUACGGGUAAUCGUACACAUCUCUUACUUAUGAAUUUUCUUAAAGGCGGUAAUAUGGAUGUAUUGGAAAAAGCAAUCGAUGAGGCGUAUCUGGAUGAUUCGAUUAAAGAACUUUCGUCCAAUUCAUUAUCUCCCACGUUUCAAAAGGCUAAAGCAAAGCUCUUGAGCGUAGCUAACAUCGCUGCUGCAAAAGUUGCUGUUGGCAAAUCCUUUGAGAUAAACUUAUCUGACCCGGUCUUCGAAAAGUACUUCCUUGUCACUCCUGGCUGCAUGCAGUUCCUAUUUAGGAUGGGAUUUCAGGUGCCCAUCAUGUGUACAGAGUUAACGGAAUCCCUUAUGCUACCUGCAAAUUCCAGUCGUCAACACCUCAACAAACUAAUUCGACAACUUCGGGGUCCGCCACCUCCCAGAAUUUCUCCCAAUGACAAUGCUCUACUUUCAAAGCUGGAGAACUAUCGCCAUGAUGUUAGCCUAUAUGCUAACCCUGCUUACCAGGCGUUGGCUCGGAAGGCCGUUCCUCUGGAUAAUCUCCUUAAAGAGGCUUUGGGGUUAAGUAGAGCCUCUCGUACAAACGUUGGUUCCUAUAGUCUUCUACGGGCUUUGUUGCGCUGGUUCAAAGAGGACUUCUUCACCUGGGUGCAGGAUCGAGUCUGUGACAAAUGUGGCUCCAUCAUGGUUGCGAAAAUUGGUCCGCCUACUGAAGCUGAGUCUGUGGAGGGCUCAGCUCACAUAGUGGAGAUCUUCACUUGUCCUACUUCCUCCGCGCAUCCGCAGCAGCGCUUCCCACGAUUUAAUAAUCCUGCAAAGCUCUUGCAGACCAAGGAGGGGAAGUGUGGCGAAUGGGCUGGAUGCUUCUGCUUCAUUCUUGCCUCAUUAAGAAAGCCAGGUGGGGGUGAUAAAAAAACAAGUAGCAAUGCUGACGAAGCUGAAGGAGCUCCCUGGUUUCCAGGAGUUCGUUUGGUUUUCGAUGUCUCGGAUCAUGUCUUUUGUGAGGUUUGGCUAACCGACCUGGAAGAUCUUCCUCAGGACAAAGCUGCUUCAACCAGCGGAGGUCGUUGGGUUCAUGUUGAUCCCUGUGAAGGUCUAGUUGAUGUUCCAUUGGUCUAUGAGCAAGGCUGGAAAAAGAAACUUUCCUAUAUGUUUGCAUUUACGGUUCCGCCUCCUACAAAAAAUGCCUUACUUCGCUACGAAGGCGUGGAUGUUACAGACGUGGUUUGGAAGUAUUCCACCGAUUUCAAGGCUGUUUGUCAACGUCGGAAAAGUAUCUCUGAGAGUCGACUGGCGCGCUAUCUCGCUCAAGUUCAUGACGAAGCCGCUCAAGCCAUUCCUGGCUACGAAGACUCGCCUCUUGGCCUCCCUACAACAGUUCAGGAACUCGCUGUCAUGAUGGUUCCUCCUAGACCCUCGUUGGAGUCACUUCAAGGUCGAAGGUCGGGGUCGGAAUCAUGGAGACGCUCUCGUCUUGAAUUUGGCAUUGUUCCGCUUCCUUGGGAGGGCUCGGGGUUUGUGAUCACCCCAACACCAGCUGAACUUUCGCGAAAUUGCAUCUACAUUCGUUACAAUUGUGCCCUCGACGCUUAUGCAAGACCCUUUCACAAAGAGGUAUCAGUAACAACUGACGAUGAUAGCGAGGGGUCUUCUCGAAGAUCAUCUGAAGGGCCGAAGUACCUUAAGGAGGUGUAUAAAGAGAAAUGGACCUCCAUGGCUCUUCGAUGGCGAAACAUCGCAAGAAAGGUUGAAAAGGAUUGGAAGAUGGUUUACCUGGCUCGUAAAGCGGGUUGUCAGAGCUAUGAAGAUGGGGUGGUCGAAUGGCUUGUAGAUCUAUCCGACACGGAGUAUUCUGUGAGGUCAGUGACAUUGUUUGCUACCAUGGCGAUCUUCGAGGAACGCUCCAAAGUGACUUUGGAUGUCACUACUGACACAUCAAAGAGUCGUUCUCUUUCUGCGGGAUCGGCGCCGCUUUCGGCGUGUGCGGAUUUUGCCGGUGCAAAACAGGUACGGUUGACCGCGCGCUUGUGGAAUGAGUUGGAGAACACAGACUCCUCCGUGUGGCAGAAAUCGCAGAUCUUCCGUCAGAAGGAAACCGAUCAUGAAACAUGGCCUUUGGAGUUCAAGGUCUUGUUGGAAAAGGAUAAAGAGAACAAAGGGAAGAAUGAGAGUUGGGGCGAUCGCUAUUACACUGAAGAAGGCAUCACCAAUGGCCUGGAAGGUGAGUCCGUGUUUUCUUCGUUGAAUUUUAUGAUGCUUGAAAGGCGUGAAUUCACCUGGAAGACGAGGAGGAGGACGCUGGUUGUCAUACUCAAUGAUGGAGAUGCUCUGCCUUGA